AUGCGUUUCCCGUCCCGUUCCGCCCUGCUCGCCACGGCCGCCACGGCCGCCACCCUUGCUGGCGUCGCCUGUGCCCACGACACGUCCGACGUGAUCAACCUCAGCAAGGACUCGUUCAAGAGCGUCGUCGACCCCGAGCCGCUCAUCCUCGUCGAGUUCUUCGCGCCGUGGUGUGGCCACUGCAAGGCCCUCGCGCCGCACUACGAGGAGUCGGCCACCGCCCUGCUCAAGGAGAGCCCGCCAAUCAAGAUCGCCAAGGUCGACUGCACUGUCGAGGAGGACCUGUGCGCCUCGCAGGACAUCCAGGGCUACCCCACCCUCAAGGUCUUCCGCAACGGCACGCCCGCCGAGUACACGGGCCCGCGCAAGGCUGAUGGCAUCAUCAGCUACAUGAAGAAGCAGGCUCUGCCCUCGCUCUCGAAGGUGUCGGCCGCCGAGCUGGCUGACUUCAAGACGAAGGACCGCGUCGUGGCGGUCGCGUACCUGCCCGAGCAGUCGAGCCACCUCUCGACCUUCUCCAAGGUCGCCGACAAGCACCGCGACGCGUACGUGUUCGGCCACGUGGCCGACGCCGAGGCGGCCAAGGCUGCCGGCGUCACGCCGCCGGCCGUCGUGCUCUACCGCUCGUUUGACGAGCCCGAGAUCAAGUACACGGGCCCGAUUGACGACGAGGAGGGCCUCGAGGACUUCCUCAAGGCGCAGAGCGUGCCUCUCGUCGACGAGGUGGGCCCGGAGAACUUCAUGACGUACGCCGAGGCGGGUAUCCCGCUGGCCUACUACUUCACCGAGGUCAACGGCGCCAACAAGGACGCCGACCUCAAGGCAAUCCGCGAGACGGCGCAGAAGUACCGCGGCAAGGUCAACUUUGUCUGGAUUGACGCCGACAAGUUUGUCAACCACGCCAAGUCGCUGAACCUCGCGGGCGAGUCGUGGCCCGCCUUUGCCAUCCAGGACAUCCAGGGCGGCCAGAAGUUCCCGCUCGAGAAGCUCGGCUCGGACGCCGGCAAGGCCAUUGCCAGCUUCGUCGAGGACUUCGUCGGCGGCAAGCUCGUCGCCUCGAUCAAGUCGGAGCCCAUUCAGGAGCAGACGGGCCCCGUGCACGUGCUCGUGGCCGACGAGUUCGACAAGAUCGUGUACGACGACAAGAAGGACGUGCUCGUCGAGUUCUACGCGCCGUGGUGCGGCCACUGCAAGAAGCUGGCGCCCACGUGGGACACGCUCGGCGAGCGCUACGCCUCGAUCAAGGACAAGAUCACGAUUGCCAAGAUGGACGCAACGACGAACGACAUUCCGCCGUCGGCCGGCUUCCAGGUGCAGAGCUUCCCGACGAUCAAGUUCAAGCCCGCCGGCGGCCGCGAGUGGCUCGACUUCAACGGCGACCGCACCAUCGAGGGCUUCGUCGAGUUCAUCUCGCUCAACGCCAAGAACGAUGUCAAGGUCGACCCCAGCGCCGUCAACAGCACGGCGGCCAAGACCGAGGCCGAGCAGCACGAGAAGCCGAAGCACGAGGAGGUGAGCAGCGCUCCGGCCCUCUGCGCGCGCAGCCCACGCUGACCCCACACCCUCUCAGCUCUAAGCAGCCUGCUUGUUGUCAAGGAAGGGAACGGCGGGAAAGGAGGCGGCUGGAUGGGCUCCAGCUCGCACACGCUGCGCGCUGGCGCGUCAC